AUGUCGAAAAUGGCGGUCUCAGAAACAGUUAACACCGUCAGCGAUGCUGUUCAACCACCUAAGCUCAGUCAACGAUAUGCCGAUGAGAGUUACAAGCUCUUUUCAAAGGUAUCAGUGGCGGAUCCUACCCCGGAAGAGGCAUUAAAAAUUAGAAACAAAUGUUUAUGGAGGAUUUUGCCCUUCCUUUGUCUGGGGUAUCAUCUCAUGUAUGUCGACAAACAGACACUGGGAAGUUCAGCCAUCCUUGGCAUUAUGGAUGAUGCACAUCUUAAUUCGAAUCAGUACAAUUGGUUAUCAUCAAUCUUCUACUUUGGUUACCUCCUUGCGGAGUGGCCGCAGAACUGGGCCCUUCAGCGCUUCCCCGUCGCAAAAUGGCUGGCUGGCAAUCUUGUCGUAUGGGGAGGGAUUACGCUUCUUCAUAUACCAUGCAAUAGCUUCGCCACAUUAUUCGUCGUUCGUUUCUUUCUAGGGGUAGCAGAGGCAUCUAUCGUACCUGCUUUUCUGUUGAUCUUGUCUAUGUUCUUCACAUAUAAGGAACAGGCUGUUCUGAUGCCCAUCAUGUGGUCGAUCGGAAACGCCAGUCCUAUCACCUCUGGUCUACUUUCCUACGGGGUGUUGUGGAUCAAAACUGGAACGUUUGCCCCAUGGAAAUGGUUUAUGGUCAUCACUGGCGGCGUGACCGUUGUGUUUGGAUUGGCAGUGUGGCUCUUCUUUCCUGAUAAUCCUCUACGUGCCGGCUUCCUUACGCCAGAAGAGCGUGCGCAGGCAAUCCUUCGGAUAAAGGAGAACCAUUCGGGAAUUGAGCAGAAGCACUUCAAGAAGUACCAAUUCAUUGAGGCAGUUAAAGAUCCAAAGUCCUGGUUGUUCUUCCUACAUGCCUGGUCUCAGGAAAUGGCCAACGGAAUGACCAACCAAUACUCACUAAUCAUUAACUCCUUUGGGUUCAGUGUGCUUCAGACCACUCUACUGGGGUGUGUAACUGGGAUAGUCAGCUUCUUCUCGCUUGCCUCGGCGGCAGCGGUUCUAGCGAAGACAACAAACUGCAGGGCUUGGAUUUCUCUCAUUGCAUACAUUCCCGGGGCUAUAUCUAGCAUCUUGCUGCUAAGCCUACCGUGGUCAAAUCGAUGGGGCCUGAUCACAGGGAUCUGGAUCCGCUCAACUGUCGGCAUUCCGUAUGCAGUGGUCAUGAUCUGGGCUGCUAACGCAUCUGCUGGUCAUACUAAGAAGACCACAGUGAUAGCCAUGUACCAUAUCGGAUAUGGGUUGGGGAACAUCCUCUCACCACAACUUUUCCAACCGCGGUGGAAGCCGCGGUAUUAUCCCACUUGGAUUAUCAUCUUGGUUGUCGCCUGCAUCCUACCUUCAAUCAUCAUUAUAUACCUGCGAUUGUAUCUCGCGAAGGAAAAUGAGCGCCGUGAUCUACUGCAGCGUGAGACACUCGUCGCAGACACGGGUGUGGUUGAAGAGGUCGACAAUGACGGUACGAAGCACGCUCACCUGGUGGAUAAGAACCAAUUGGAUUUGACGGAUCGUGAAAACCUUUCCUUAGAUACGUCUUUGGCUCAAAUAUAG